AGCAAAACGAAGAAAAGAGAGAAUCGGCGCGCGCGAUGUAGAUGGACGGCUGUGUUGGGGUGCGAAUAAAUAGUGGAUCAGCUGAUGAGGCAUAACAUAACAAGAGCUAGUCGGAGGAACCGGAGGAGUGUUCAUUUUCCUCAUUGCUUGCGUCGUUAUUGUUGGUUAUGGCGACGAGCAGCUCGGACGGCUCGUGCACGGCGCCCGCCGAUUUUCAGCUCUCGUCCGAGCUGGAGGACGCGUCGAGUCGUCUAAGCAUGAACUUACUCAAGUGUCCGCUGUGCCAUAACAGGCGUCGAAUUUUUUACUGCCGCCAGUGCGUCCAGAAUGGGGAUUUCGUACACUCGAACACCGUUUAUUCGACGGAACGGUUCGCGGAUAAACAAAUGCGUCUCAUAAGACUGAAAGCUGCGAGGGCUCAGUUAGAGGAAAAAUGCACGAAGGCUCUUGAGAGGCACAAACAAAGGGAUAAGCUGAUUUGUGAUAUAAAUACAUGUAAAGAAAGAGUGAGAUUGCUUCAGUCUUUAGUGGAUGAGACAAGACAGAACAUCAAUAGAGGUAAUCAGUGUUUGAGCAUUCUGAAGGAUAUCAACUCUGAGUUGACUCUGCGUGUGCCAAGGCAUGAGGAUAGAAUAAAAAAAUUACAUCGCUAUGUUAAUGACUUAAAAGCCAAGCAAGAAAAACAAAAGGAAGCUGUAGACAGAAAGAGGGAGCAAUUGAAGAAGAUUAUCAGAACUGCUGCUAAACAGUUAAUUCAGUACAUUUUUCCAUUGUCUAAAGUUCAGCCAAAUAGAAGUUUGUGCAGCAGUGAGGACAGUGACAGUGCGACUUCGGAUGUUGUUACUAGCGCGUUAGCAGAUGCGUCAGGUACAUCGUACGUGCGUGGUAGAUGGGUUAGCGAAAAGGAGAAUUCAUUGGAAAUUCACCAUCGUAUAAUCGAACCUACGCUACCAGCAACGGGAGAUUAUAGCGCUUACUCUUUUUGGGUUGCAGCAAAUAAAGACGGUGUACCAGGCGCGAACAAAGAAAACGCGAUGCACCAUAAUCCAGCUUACAAUAUCAGUGCUGCUUUAACUUAUGCUACGCAACUGGUUAAUGUCCUUGCCUAUUAUGUUAACGUAAGACUACCGUAUAAACUUACGUGUGGAGAGUUUUGCGGUAAUGAGAUGUCGGACCAAAAGUUUGCUAGGAAAGUAGCAAGAUUAAAUAGUAAUGUAUUACACUUGUGCUUCACACAAAAUACCAAUGUAGACGUUUUACAUCCCAUGCAUACAUUGCAAAAUUUGAUGCACUUACUGAACACCGAAAUUAGCGAUCUUGGAAGAAUUGGACCAAUGGAGGUUGAUCCGUCUGUAGUAGCACAACUUCACAGUCAAUUAGUUCCUGAUUUGGAAAAUAGUGAUGAUUCAGCUUCUGAUGAAGAGGAUCUGUGUUGGGGUUGGGAAGCGGUACCAAAUAUCGCAUGUCCUGAAAUGGCAGUACCUGCUUCUGGCGCAAUGGUUAGCCAGCAAUCGUCUAGCAUGCAAGUGCAUCAGAGUGUCGCUGGUGGUUUGGUAACAAGUGCGGCAGCCAGUAUCGCCUCGAUCUGGCGAGGUUGGACUAAUAAAUAACUUAUUUUUCUCUUUUAAACAGUAAGUUUUCUCUUUCUAUAUUUCGUAGACACUCACUGUGUGUAUAUUUUGAAUUUUCCUCAAAAAAUCAAAGAGCAGAAACUCUAAAGAUUAUACUCUCCGAAGCAAACACUAUGAUAGAAAUUCGUACGAUAUUUAUACACUGUGCGUGGGGACGCAAAUGUGAUUGAAAAUCAACAUGUAAAUAUCUGAUCCGAGAGGAUGCUGGAGCCGCUCAUCAUAAUAUCAACACUUCAUCAAACUCAAUUUUCUACGUGGCCCAAUCUCCUAUCUAAAAUAGAUAGCUUUCGUUUGAGUUUACGCUGAGAGAAUUGUUCGACUCAAGUUAAAAAUACAGUUCAGAUGAUUUAUAGAAAACACUAUUCCAACAACUUAUUUUUGUUUCUUAUGCAUUAAAGGAUUCAGUAUCCUCUUAUAACGUGACAUUAAAGGUAGUUCAAAUAUGCUGUGACAGAUUAUGUUAGAUCUGAUAUCUAACUUAGUUCAAAUAAUUCAAAUUUAAAAUAAAAAUUAUAUACAUAUACGAUUAGCACAUCCACACAUCAUACACAACACGAAACGUCUGUUUAAUAAAUUUAUGGACAUUUUAUAUAUUUCAAUAUAUAUAAAUAUUCACAUCGUAAAUAAUAGUUUAGAUUGUGAUAUGUGAAGAUUGAUAUCAAGAUUAUAUAUAAAUGGUCUACAAAACCAGAAUGUACAUAUAACUUAGCAGACGUAUACUUACAUAUAGGUUAUUGUUGUGGUAGAGAAAACAAAAAAAAUAUAUAUAUAUAUAUACAUGUGAAUGUGUGUGGUGUGCAUGCAAUGACUGCCUUUUUAAUGCUCACUGCAUUUGAUGUGAUUAAUUGAUUAUACACAUUAUGUAAAUGAGAUAUGCUUCCCUCUGUGUUAAAUAUGUUUUAUUAAUAUAUAUUUUAUAUAUUCUCCAUAAGCAUAUAUAUCUUAUUAAAUGUGUAUAUACUUUGGUUUAUUUCGAGAUCCGAUAUUUUACAACUUUUAUCUCCAAAACACGAAAAACUUUAUUUAUUUGUGAUAAUAAGAUAAUGCACACAUUUUAAGUCCUAAAGCAAUGAUAUUAAAAUAAGUGAAUUUACUCAGGCUUGUAUUUAUAAUCGUUAUUGAAUCUCAUUUCGAGAAUCGUGUUGUUGGGAAUCAGUUGUCGGGAUUCUCAGAAUCGAAUCUUUUUAUCCUGAGUCACGGGCAAUUCAAUGCGUCGUAAUUCAACAUCAAAUCUUGAGUAAACUUCUACUCAAGCAAAAAACUAUUUAUUUAUUUAUUUAUUCAGUUUUCUCUCAAGACAUUUAAUCUCAAAAAUUUCAAGAGUAGAGUUCUUUAACGACUAUAAAUACAGUCCUUAAUAUGUUAAAUGUAAGCGCUAAAAUAUUUCGGUAAAGUAUUAAGAAGUAUCUUUUUAUUAUUUAUUAUAUAUGAUACGAUAUUGUAUGACAUUAAGUAUAUUUUUUAUCAUAUGGAAAGUAAAAUUUGGUAAACGUAUUUCAUACUUUACGAUAUGAAAGAAGUAUUGUAAGGCGCAUUACAUUUGAUUGGAUUUGGUUAUUUUAGAGCAAAGAGAAAAAAAAAUAGUAUUGUGUAUGUUGGUCAU